UGAUUGCCAGUCCUUGGUCAAUUCCUUUGUGACUGCUAAAACGACACCACAUUUUGUUCUCGUAUAUAUUUCCAUUUUCCAUUCAGUUGUGAUACAUUUUUGUGUUUAAUUUUAUUAAUUUUCUCUCCGCUUUUCACAAAAACUACAAAAUAUUUUUUCUGUACGUACUUAAUAAGACUCGUAAUUUUUUUUUACUAUUUUAUUAUUUUGUUAUUUUUUGUCAUCUAAUUUCAUUUACCUACUAUUUAUUAAAUCUUAUUUUACACACAUUUAAAAUGAGUUCAGAAAAUACAUCCAAUAAUGAUGAAGAUAAUAAAUCAACACCAAAUAGACCUAUUCCCGGAGCUCGUCAAGAAAUGUUAAAUAAUAUAACUGCUGCUUCACCUCCAAGGUUCUUAUCAUUACCUGAAAUUAUGCUAGCUGCAAAAAAAUUGGAAGAUAUUGCUCUUGUCCACGAGAUAGCUGUUAAUGAAAAUUUUAAGUUGGAACCUCAAGAACCACCAAAUAAUAGUUUAAUGAAACAAGUCAAAGACACAAUGCACAAAGCAUUUUGGGAGUUGUUGCGGGAGCAAUUAAACAAUGACCCCCCCGAAUACACUCAGGCUAUGACACUUUUAUCCGAAAUACGAACAAGCUUAUCAAGUUUGUUGUUGGACCAGCAUACUAAAUUAAAAGAAGAAAUUAGUCAAGUUUUAGAUGUAGAGCUUAUACAAACACAGAUAGACAAUAACUCUUUAGAUUUUGACUAUUAUACAAAAUUUAUUCUGAAUUUGAUGUCAAAAAUAUGUGCUCCAGUACGAGACGAUUCAAUACGUGCACUAUCACAAUUAAAUGAUCCUGUUGAUAUAUUUAAAGGAAUAACAGAGAAUUUGAGUUUGAUGAAACUUGACAUGGCAAAUUUCACAAUAACUGCACAGCGACGAGCAUUAAAUGCCUGUAGUGCUGAUUAUGAACGUGAGAAAUUUGAAGAGUAUUUAAAAGUUAAGCCAGAUGCCUUAAAUCUGACUGCUGAGUGGUUAAAACGCCAUAUUAAUUUUGAAAAGACUACAGAAUCUUAUCACGAUAUAGUCGUUCGAGCUUAUAUGGAAAUAUUUGAUUGGGAUGAACAUGUUUUAUUCCCAGAGGCUUUAUCGUUGGAUAAAGAUCGAUACUUGGCAACUAAUAAAAUGCUAAAUCUUUUGAUUCUCGCAGCAUCUACAUUUAUUGUGACAAUAUCAACAACUACAUCUAUUAUGCCUAAUAAUAUGGAAUUCAAAAAAAAUUUGAAAAAUCUUAUUUUAUCUGUCCUGAAAGAAAAUGAUUCCAACAAUAAAAAUGUCUUGUCAAAUAUUGUAGAACAUAUUGUUCUUUGCUGCAAUAAGCAUUUGUGCAUAUUUAAUCCAGAUGGACCACCUGUUUUACCAGAUAUGAUCAAUACACUUGAGACUCAAGUUUUGUUAAUCCAAAACCCUGACAAUAAAAUAAAAACUCUAGUUGAGAAGCGUUUCAAGGAGUUUAUUACUGCAGUUAUUAGUUCCGACAACGCAGUUCCCCAGCAAUGCCCACUUGGUUUGUCUGCAUUCAAAGAUGAAUUGGCAGCCGUUACUGGCAGUUUUUUGCAUCUUAUCACAUACAAUAGAAAAGUAUUCUCCAAAUUUUAUGAUGAUAUAUUAAAAAAUCUUCUGAAUCAAUGUGAUUAGAUUUAAUUGUCUCUCAAAUCAAGUAAACUAAAAAUUAAUAUUAGCUUUUAUUUCAUCUAACUUUUAAACUAAUACUUUUUUUAAAUCAUUGACUUAUUUUUAUGGAACAUGAAUUGUGACCAAAUUAAAAUCUAGAACAUUAUGGGAUCACAUUUUAUUACUGUAGGUAUAAUAUAAUAUUAAUAUUAUUUUACAGUUUAAUCCUUCAAUGUGUAUAAAAAUCAUUAUUAGCACUAUAUCUAAUAUCACUUAUACUAUAAUUUCUACUAAUGGUUAUUAUAAAUUAUUAUUAUACUAUUAUAAUAUAGCUCUUAUUAGUGAGCUAAUAAACAUUUAAAAAUUAUCUUUGUAAAAUAUUUAUGACAAAAUACAUUUAUACACACACUAGCUUGUUAUACUAUUCUGUUGAAUUUAUUUUAUAUUGUUUGAAUGAUCAAUUGUUGAUAAAUGGAAUUAUACUCUGUACACUUGAAUCCCUUUAAAUUAAUUUAAAUAAUGUAGGAAUAUACAGUUGUUAUUUAUUAUUGCAAAUUUUAGUAAUAGUAUUGUAAUCAUAUAAUAACUAUAAUAUUUUAUAUUAACCCUGACUGAUAUUUUCAAUAUUGUUCUAAAGUUUAUAAGCUCAAGUAUUGUUAUACUAAUUUAAUUUUAGUAAAUAGAUAUACACAUUUAAUUUUAUAUAGAAACUAAUGCGUACUGAAUUUUAAAAUAUAUAAAACAUGAUUUAUUUCAUAA